GAGCCGUUGGGCCCCGGCUGAGUCGAGUGUGACUCCGUGGGCCUGGAGUUGGUGGGGGUGGGGGGCGGUGGCAAAGCUGCAGCUGGCUGGGAAUCGGGGCUGGUUUCCUGUCUGGAAGGGAAGGGGCCCGCAGAGGGGAGCGGGGGCAGCAGCAGCCAGGCACACCCCUGCCUUUCUCCCUCCCUCUCCUCUCUUCUCCUGGAAAAGCGAGCUGGGAGAACAGCUGCCACCAAAGCAAGACUGGACACUCUGUGCCCAGAGCCCCCGCUGCAGCUGGCCUCCUCGCCGGGGACCCUGCUCAUCCUCACCUCGCUUUCCUUUCCUCCCAUGCCUGGCUCCCACCAGGGCCCUGGAACAGCGGUAGGCAAGGAAAGUUUGUCACCGCAGCCAGAGGGGUCUAACGGGAGCGUAAGAGGGAAAGGGGCUGCCUCUGCCUUCUGCCCUCUGCCCAAGAACUGCCCACCUCUUUCAAGACCAGGGGAUCAGCAGGAGGAGGGAGUGUGGGGCAGCGUGGUGCUUGCUCACCCCACCCCUCUGGAGGGGCCAACAGGGGAAGGGGCACCCGGGGGGCACAGAGAUGCAGGACAGAUUGCACAUCCUGGAGGACCUGAAUAUGCUCUACAUCCGGCAGAUGGCGCUCAGCCUGGAGGACACAGAGUUGCAGAGAAAGCUAGACCAUGAGAUCCGGAUGAGGGAAGGGGCCUGUAAGCUGCUGGCAGCCUGCUCCCAGCGAGAGCAGGCUCUGGAGGCCACCAAGAGCCUGCUGGUGUGCAACAGCCGCAUCCUCAGCUACAUGGGCGAGCUUCAGCGGCGCAAGGAGGCGCAGGUGCUGGGGAAGACAGGCCGGCGGCCUUCUGACAGUGGGCCACCCUCUGAACGCUCCCCCUGCCGCGGCCGGGUCUGCAUUUCUGACCUGCGGAUCCCACUCAUGUGGAAGGACACAGAAUAUUUCAAGAACAAAGGCGACCUGCACCGCUGGGCUGUGUUCUUGCUGCUGCAGAUCGGGGAGCACAUCCAGGACACGGAGAUGGUCCUGGUGGACAGGACCCUCACAGAUGUCUCCUUUCAGAGCAACGUGCUCUUUGCCGAGGCAGGGCCAGACUUCGAACUUCGACUGGAGCUGUAUGGGGCCUGCGUGGAAGAGGAGGGAGCCCUGGCUGGAGCGCCCAAGAGGCUGGCCACCAAACUCAGCAGCUCCCUGGGUCGCUCCUCAGGGAGGCGUGUUCGGGCAUCGCUGGAGAUGGCAGGGGGGUCAGGGAGCAGUCCCAUCCUGCUCCCCACCCCCGCUGUGGGCGGUCCCCGUUACCACCUCCUGGCUCACACCACGCUCACCCUGGCCGAGGUGCAGGAUGGGUUCCGCACACAUGACCUCACCCUCGCCAGUCCGGAGGAGAACCCUGCCUGGCUGCCCCUUUAUGGUAGCGUGUGUUGCCGCCUGGUGGCUCAGCCUCUCUGCAUGACUCAGCCUACAGCGAGUGGUCCCCUCAGGGUGCAGCAAGCUGGGGAGCUGCAGGACUGGGUGCGAGUGCAUGGAGUCCUGAAAGGCACAAACCUCUUCUGUUACCGGCAACCUGAAGACACAGACACUGGGGAAGAGCCGCUGUUUACUAUUGGGAUCAACAAGGAGACGCGAGUCCGGGCAGGGGAGCUGGACCAGGCAGCGGGCCGGCCUUUCACCCUGAGCAUCAGUAACCAGUAUGGGGAGGACGAGGUGACACACACCCUUCAGGCAGAGAGUCGGGGAGCCCUGCAGAGCUGGAUGGAGGCUCUGUGGCAGCUUUUCUUUGACAUGAGCCAGUGGAAGCAGUGCUGUGAUGAGCUAAUGAAAAUUGAAACCCCUGCUCCCCGGAAACCACCCCAAGUACUGGCCAAGCAGGGGUCCCUGUACCAUGAAAUGGCUAUUGAGCCGCUAGAUGACAUCGCAGCCGUGACAGACAUCCUGGCUCAGCGGGAGGGCGCGAGGCUGGAGCCGCCCCCGCCCUGGCUAGCAAUGUUUACAGACCAGCCUGCCCUGCCUGGCCCCUGCUCGCCUGCUUCAGCGGCCCCCACCCCGGCCCGGACCCAUUCCCAUUCCUGGGGGAGACCCCGAACGUUCUCCCUGGAUGCUGUCCCGCCAGACCACUCCCCUGGGGCUUCUCGCUCGGUUGCCCCUCUCCCCUCGCAGCGGCCCCCACGGUCCAGAGGUCUCUGCAGCCAAGGCCCGCCCCACACUUGGCUCCAGUCACCAGUGUGAGAGAGGAGGGUGCUGGCACCAGGAUCUGGCCAGAGGUGGAGAUGAUCUGUGCACGGCUGGACUCUGGAUUCGGCGCUGUUUGGAGCAGGUUGGCCAGCUGGGCCUCCCUUUCCUCUGCUGGACUGGGGGUAGGCUGCGGAGGGGGAGCAGAAGCCCCUCUUAACCUGUGGUUGCCAUGGUGCUGAGGGACUCAUUCCCAGGGCUGGCUGGGAUCCCCUAAACCCUUCCUGGGAGAAAACUGGAAGCAACCCCGCCCUUCCUCCCUGCACUAACUAGCUUUGAGGAUGGCACUGAAGAGCUUUGGGAGGAACGCACCUCCCUUGUGACUCCCCCAUCAACCAUUAAAGUUAUUUAACAGCAGCCUUCA